CUAAUGCUAGUUAAGGGUUCAAUGAAAUAUAUAUUUGUGUGGAGGCUAAUUAUAAGGAUAGAGAAUUUAGGUGAAGAAGAGCUACUUUUAGAAAAACAGGACUAUAGAGUUUCAUUUGUUGGGCCAGAUUCACCACUCCAAGUCAGAAGGGUGCUAUUUGACAAAGUGUUUUACCACAAUAGUCAUAUUAAACCUUGGCUUACAAAGGAAAGGCCUGCGAUCCAGUUUAACAAUACAAUUAUUGACUCCAAUUCAUCAGGUGAAAUUUGGGGAACUAUCACAUUCAAAAGUGAUAAAGGAAGCAUAUUAGACUUCAAAGUACCAAAAAUUUCCAUGGAAUCCAGAUAGGGGCACUUUACAUUGUA